UGACUACGCCUGCCGAGGCACGGAAGCAGCCGUAUUGUAUGGGAGGAAGGAGGCGCUUCUGUCUUGCUUCCUGGGCUGCACGUGUAGGGGUAUGUGCACGUGUACACGUGUCACUGAUGAUGGGGUUGCCAACGAAGAACGUUCUCGGGCAAUUGGACCUGACGCCGGGCAAACCUCCUUCGUACAGAUAGGUCUUCCUGCCAAAACCUGCUUGUUCUCUCCCCUGUAUGACGUCAUGCCCGCGUUGCUCUUUACGAGUGAGGCCAGCCUGGCCAGGGAGAUUAGGCUGGGUUAUGUAAAUUAGGAGCGCACGUAGGGACUGGCGUUUCGGAAUGAGGACUUCGGGGAUGAAAUCUAUCCCAUCUAUAUUGGCAACAGUUGGCACACUCAAACAAUGGCAUCAGAAGAUAUAACUAAGCUUGCAGAAUCACUUGCUAAAACCCAAGUGGGUGGAGGUCAGCUGAGCUUUAAAGGCAAAAGUUUGAAACUCAAUACUGCAGAAGAUGCUGAAGAGGUGAUCAAAGAGAUUGAGGAGUUUGAUGGGCUAGAAGCCCUGCGUUUGGAAGGAAAUACUGUGGGGGUUGAAGCAGCAAAAGUCAUUGCCAAGGCUCUGGAGAACAAAUCUCAGCUCAAGAGGUGUCAUUGGAGUGAUAUGUUCACCGGGAGACUGAGAUCUGAGAUUCCCCCUGCUUUGAUUUCUCUUGGAGAAGCCCUCAUUUCUGCUGGCUGCCAACUUGUAGAGCUGGAUCUGAGUGAUAAUGCCUUUGGACCAGAUGGAGUCCGUGGAUUUGAGGCAUUGCUGAAGAGUCCUACCUGUUUUACUCUGCAGGAACUCAAGUUAAACAACUGUGGCAUGGGCAUUGGUGGUGGAAAGAUCUUAGCAGGAGCUCUGAAAGAAUGUCACAGGAAAUCAACUGCUCGAAGCAAGCCAUUGGCUCUGAAAGUAUUUAUGGCUGGCAGAAACCGUCUGGAAAAUGAUGGUGCAACUGCUCUUGCUGAGGCAUUUGCAGUGAUUGGGACUUUGGAAGAAGUUCAUAUGCCACAGAAUGGAAUCACUCAUCCAGGAAUUACAGCCUUAGCUGAGGCCUUUGCUGUCAAUCCCCUGCUGAGAGUGAUUAAUUUGAAUGAUAAUACUUUCACUGAGAAGGGAGCUGUGGCUAUGGCAGAAACCUUAAAGAAACUCCGCCAAGUGGAAACAAUCAACUUUGGGGAUUGUCUGGUGCGUUCAAAAGGUGCUGUUGCCAUUGCUGAAGCUGUCAGUGAAGGUCUUCAUAAACUAAAGGAACUCAACUUAUCCUUCUGUGAGAUCAAGUUAGAUGCUGCACUUAUAAUUGCUGAGGCUACUGAGGACAAGUCACUGUUGGAGAAGUUAGAUCUCAAUGGCAAUUAUUUUGGAGGAGAAGGCUGUGAACAGCUCCAGGAGAUUCUUGAAAGUUUCAAUAUGGCAGAUGUCCUAGGCUCCCUGAGUGAUGAUGAUGGAGAAAAUGGAGAAGAGGAGGAAGAGGAAGAAGAAGAGGAAGAGGAGGAGGAGGAAGAGGAGGAGGAAGAAGAAGAGGAGGAGGAGGAGGAGGAGGAGGAAGAAGAGCCUCUUCAGGUGCAGGAGAGGGGGCAGGGAGAACAAGAACCCCUUACACCUAAAAAAAUCUUAAAGGAACAUGAUUCUACACCACUAUCUUCUCCUUCUCUUCCUCCUGUUGAUGUUGGCACCUUUCUAGCUUUCCCAUCUCCAGAGAAAUUGUUGCGACUUGGCCCCAAGUGUUCGACUUUGAUAACUCAGCAGACAGACACAUCUGACACAGAAAAAGUUGUUACUGUUUUCCUUAAGAUCUCUUCUGUCUUCAAAGAUGAGACAGUAGUAAAAACAGCAGUGACUGAAACAACAGAUGCCUUGAUGAGAGAAGCUUUUUCAUCAGCCAACUUCAAUUCUGAUGCUUUCAUAACAAGUGUAUUGAUUCACAUGGGAUUGCUAAAGAGUGAAGAGAAAAUCAGGGCUGUUCCGAGUCUUUAUGGCCCUCUAAUGACACUGAACCAUGUGGUCCAGCAGGAUUAUUUUCCUAAGUCCCUUGUCCCAAUUCUCUUGGCCUUUGUCACAAAGCCUAACCGUGCUUUGGAUUCCUGCUCUUUUGCUCGACACUUGCUAUUACAGACACUUCACCAGUUGUAACACAGAGGCCGUGGUACACUCUCUCACCCAAAGACUACCAGGAGAACAUGUUGAGAUGAACCCUAAGGGGGAAAUGUGCCUACUUGGUCACUGAGGCAUAGGAUGUCUGGCUGUGUUUCUGUUAUAAACUUGGAGGAACUUUGCCAUGUGUUUUUUAAUGUUUCUGUUUGUUGUUUUUAAACUGUCUGUUUCCAAAAUGAACUCUGCCCUCCCAGGAAUCUUUUCCCCCUUUCUUGUUUUGUUUUGUUUUUCUCAGUUAGUUUUGUCUUGGUUACUUUUUUUAAUCCAGGACUUCUGUUUCUCGUUCAUUGUUCUUGAGGUUUAGAACAUCUCCAAAUACAUUUGUUGGACUACUCUUCGGAGGUAACAGCAAAGGUCUGAAGCUUCCUUGCAAGUGCAUUAUGCUAUGAGCCUAGUGGGGAGGUGGUUUUCUUCCAGAUGCAGGCCAUCACAAGACAUGUUUAUUAUUUCUUGCUCUUAGUUUCAGGCUAUUCUGUGGCAAUGUAGUAUAUUUUUUUUGACCAAGGAUAUUUCAUAUGGAAUCCUUCACCACUACUCAUUGAGCUAAUAAGCUCAAUAAUCCUUCACCAUUACUCAUUUCCACUAAUAAGAUUACUGGUGGCCUGCAAAUGACUGUUAGUGAAAAUUGCCUUACAAAUAUAAAUCUGCCUAAUUAAAAUAGUAGUUCAGAAUAAAUGUAAUCAAUUUUGACUGUUCUUGAGUUUUAUUUCCCUCUCUUUUUCUUCCUGGUCCUUUGGAAAUGGGAAAAAAAUGGUGAAGAUGAAGAAGAGAGACCUUUAUCAAAAGGUCUACUUUUCUGCUGUGCUAGUUAAUACCUGUAAGUCUAAUAAGUUCCUGUUAUCCUCCAUUUAAUUUUCAUUUUUAUAUUUCAAAAUCAUAAUAUUUUCCCAUUUGUGUUCUUCUCUUUUAUGAGCUGCUUUAAAGCCUGACCAGAGAAGAUCAUGUUGCAAACUGUCCUUGGUUAAUGGGUGUUUAUUUGCUUAUUAAAAUUAAAAGAAGACAAAUCUCUAAGCAAAUGUCCAAGAAAACAACAAAAUUAGUCAGCUACCAGUCAUUUCUUGAGAUUUGCACAUUGUCCUAUUCUGAUUAGGUUAUCUGAACAAGAGUCUUUGGAAGUAAGGGACUGUACUUCUAUAAAUGGUGUUCCCUAAUGUAUAUACUGCAAAUGCUAACUUUUCCAAAAGCUCUAUUUUUUUCUCUCCAUUUGUAAUUUCUCGUGUUUUGAGGAAAUGGUUGUUUUCCAGCUGGUGUUCAAAUUUUGUUUCCCACCUAGAUGGCAAUAGCUAGUCAACUAUAGUCAACCUUGAAAAAGCUAAGUGAGAUUCUGAGUACUUAAAUGGGAGUUUACCAGGAUAAUUCCAGAGGUUUAGGCUAGACUAAUAGAUUGAAAAUAAAAAAGCAAUGGCAUUUUUCUAUUGUUACCAAUCUAUCUAAAAUAAGUUUAGCUUUUGAUAGAAACAUUAAACUACUGGCUGAUUGAUACAGUCGAUAAACUUUACUCUAUUCAAGUAAUAUGACAGCUUCUUUCCCUCUUCUCAUCCUAAAAAAAAAAAAAAAACAGUUCAUGAAUAAAACAAUUCUUGAAAAAGAUAAAAGUCCAUUGGAGCAGAGCAUGCAUGUUUCCAAAAUGGCAAUCUGAAAUCAGGUGGACUCUGCCCAUUCUAUGUAAUAAAUAUUUAUCCCAUUUCUAAAAAUAGUUGCAAAACUGUUCCAAAAGAUAAGUUGGAUAAGCACGUUAAACAGAACAAUGAACAUCCUGGUCAGUGGUACCUUUAUUGUUGUAUAUCUGCUUUUAUUGCAAUGGUAGGAGUGUUGAAUGGUAGGAAAAUUUGAGCUUCUCUAGCAUAACUGGAAAAGCAAAGUAAGUGCAAUUGCUUUUUCACAAAGUCUGUUUAUAUACUUUUUCUAAAGCUGAAGUUACAGUUGCUCAAGGCUCCCUUUCAUUUAAAGAAAUAAAAAAGUCAAAUUUUGGAUUUCCAGCAAAAUCAUAGGAGUUUGGUCUUGCAUAAGCUGAAAUUUAGUUUCAAAUUGUAAAAGCCUAAGCUGCAAUACUUUUGAAAAAAUUAAAAUACCAAUUUACAGUAUUCAAACAAGUAACUAUACCAUUACUAAUUAGCUGCAGGCAAUCUGCCUUCAAGGCUUUAGUUUAGGUAACUAAAAUGGCAACUGAAGAGAUAAAUGCUAUGCUAUCUUUUCUGCUUGUCUAAUUUAUUAAAAUGUCUGUGUCAUUUGUUGAUCAAUAUAUAAGUAAUUUAGAUAUACUUUAAGCUACGAUUGUGCAAAAACAAAUUAACAGAUAAAUAGUUCUGUUUUGUUCCAUAAGUAAUAAUGUAGCUUUGUUCAAGUAAAUCUUCAAUAAAUGGAUAGGAUUGA